UGCUUGCUUAAUUUUGAAUCUGAUAGCUCAAAAACCCAAACUAAAAACCUCAACGCACUUUUGCUAAAAAAAAAAACCUCAACGCACCAUACUUUAGUUGCUCAUAAACCCUAACCUAAACCACCACCAUUUCCAUUUUUCCUUCAACCCAAAACCCAAAAAGAAAACAAAAAGCUAUGAACACCCAUUGUUCUGGUACAUCCAAAACCCAAAACAAUGAAUCUCAUUGAAGGUGUUAUUGGUUUUCUCCUAUCAAAGAUGCUACUCUUUCUGCGCACUCUCUUCCACGUUGGUCGCAGAGCCUCUCACCGAGUAAGCCCUUUCACUGUUUCAUCAUCUCAUGGUUCUCUGACUGUUUGCCCUUGGAUUUGGUUCACCACUUUUCUUUGCAUAAUCAGAUACCCUUUUGCCUCAAAAUCAAACCCCAGCUAUUUUUUUGAUGAUAUAAAUAAAGAAUUAGUUCGUACUAUUAUUCAACAAGAGCAGUGGGAUGAUAAUAAUAGGAUUCUUAAUUUGUUUGAUUCAGCUUUGGCGCCCAUUUGGGUGUCAAAGGUUUUGGUGGAAUUGAAGUGGGAUCCUAAGUUAGCUUAUAGGUUCUUCAGAUGGGCUGGAACCCGAAUUGGGUUUCGCCACACCACAGAGUCGUAUUGUGUCUUGAUUCAUAUAUUGUUUUAUAAAAGAAUGUACUCUGAUGCACAUGAGAUUAUGAGAGAGUUGGUUUUGUUGAGGUGGGUUUUGCCCGGUUGUGAUGUUUUUGAUGUGUUGUGGUCGACAAGGAAUGUUUGUGUUCCGGGGUUCGGAGUGUUUGAUGCUUUGUUUAGUGUUUUAGUUGAGGUGGGAAUGCUUGAGGAAGCGAGUGAGUGUUUUUUAAGGAUGAGGAACUACAGGGUUUUGCCGAAAACACGGUCUUGUAAUGCACUUUUGCACGGGCUUUCAAAGUCCGGGAAGGGGGAAUUGUCAAGGAAGUUUUUUAAGGAAAUGAUUGGGGCUGGGAUUAAGCCUUCAGUUUUCACAUAUAAUAUAAUGAUAGAUUAUAUGGGCAAAGAAGGAGAUUUGGGGGCAGCUAGAAGCUUGUUUCAACAAAUGAAACAGAUGGGCCUUGUGCCGGAUAGUGUCACAUAUAAUUCUCUUAUUGAUGGGCAUGGAAAGGUUGGGUUGUUAGAUGAAUCGGUUUGUAUAUUUGAAGAAAUGAAGGAUGUGGGUUGUGAACCUGAUGUAAUAACAUAUAAUGCUCUAAUUAAUAGUUUUUGUAAAUUUGAUAGAAUGCCUCAGGCUUUUGAGUUUCUUCAUGAGAUGAAGAUCAAUGGAUUGAAACCGAAUGUUGUAACCUAUAGCACAUUAAUAGAUGCUUUCUGUAAGGAAGGGAUGAUGCAAGAGGCAAUUAAAUUUUUUGUGGACAUGAGACGAGUUGGUCUUUUACCCAAUGAAUUUACUUACACUUCUCUGAUUGAUGCAAAUUGUAAAUUACAUAAUCUAAAUGAUGCAUUGAAGCUGGCUAAUGAGAUGUUGCAGGCUGGAGUUAUCUUGAACAUUAUCACCUACACUGCUUUACUGGAUGGACUUUGUGAAGAUGGGAGGAUAAAGGAAGCAGAAGAAGUUUUUAGGGCAAUGCUGAAGGCUGGAGUAAUUCCUAACCAGAAAACUUAUACUGCCCUUUUUCAUGGGUAUGUUAAGGCUCAGAAAAUGGAGAGUGCCAUGCAUAUUUUGAAAGAAAUGAAGGAGAAAAGCAUCAAGCCCGAUAUCCUGCUGUAUGGGACAAUUAUUUGGUGUCUGUGCAGCCAAAAUAAGCUUGAAGAAUGUGAGCUUGUGAUAGGUGAAAUGAAGGGCUUUGGUCUAAGUACAAAUAAUUUUAUAUGCACAACACUUAUGGAUGCUUAUUUCAAGGCAGGAAAAACCACAGAGGCACUCAAUCUGCUACAAGAAAUGCAAGACUUAAAUAUUGAGAUCAAUGUUGUUACUUAUUGUGCACUAAUUGAUGGUUUGUGCAAAAAGGGUAUGGUUGAAGAGGCACUUAAGUAUUUUGGCAACAUGACUGACAUUGGUAUUCAGCCUAAUGUUGCAGUUUAUACAGCUCUAAUUGAUGGUCUUUGUAAAAAUAAUAGCAUCCAAGCAGCCAAGAAGCUGUUUGAUGACAUGUCGGACAAGGGUAUGAUUCCUGAUAAAAAUGUUUACACCGCUUUAAUUGAUGGGAACUUAAAGCAUGGCAAUGUCCAGGAAGCUUUGAGUUUGCGAGACAGAAUGAUUGAUUUGGGUCUGGAGUUUGAUCUGCCUGCCUAUACUUCCUUGAUUUGGGGAUUAUCCCAAUGUGGUCAGGUGCAACAAGCAAGAAAGUUUCUUGAUGAGAUGAUAGGGAAGGGUAUCAUUCCUGAUGAGAUUCUGUGUAUAUGUCUAUUGCGGAAGUAUUAUGAGCUAGGGAAUAUGGAUGAAGCUAUUGAUUUGCAAAAUGAAAUGGUUAAUAGGGGUCUACUUACUGGCAGUGGUGAUCUUGAGGUUCCUAAUUUAUGAACUUGAGAGGACUCAAGAAUACAAAGUUCCUCACUGGUUUCUGACUAGAUGGCAUGAGGUUGCAAAAUUGUGGGUUCUUGAUGAAAUAGACUGUUCCUGAUACUUAUUGUUUAUCAUAUUUAAAGUUCUUUCUGGUCUUGCCAUGCAAAUUCUGCCACAGAAUGGGUUUUGGUUUAAAGUUCUCAAGUGACCAUCAUCAGAGAAAUCAACCUUUAAUUUUCUGUCAAGUGGGUGGUUCCUGUGCCGGAAGGAUGUUAUGUCUGGGCUCAACUAAGUAAUUUGUGUGGAAUCAAUCAAGUGAAAGCAUUUGUAUGUAUCCAAGAAACAAGUUCAGUUGAAUUGGACGUUGCUUUGAUUGCUAGGAGAAGCAAGGGGCAUGCUUGCGCUUUGCACCUAGGUUCCAAGAGGCAUUUGCAUUCACGUGUGCCUUAUUAUUCACUCAAACAAAGACUUUGAGGCUCUAGGGAAGAUCAAUGCCACAUUUAUUCCUGUAUCUUGGGUUCUUCUAGCAUGCUGUGUGUUAAGUCUGGCAAUAUCUCUGGCAGUAAUGUGACAAUUUUUCUAAUAGAAAAUCUGGAAAGCUGCAACUGAAGGCUGGUCCCUAACUCCCUUGCUCAUGCACACAAGCACAAACAGGUGAGGACAUUUGUGCUGUGUUUGAGCACCUGAUUUGUUUCAUAUAUGAGCAAUGCUGAUGGCCUUGAUCUUGCUGUCCGCUUGCAUGACCAAUAAGGUUCAAGCAUCUACAGAAAAAGCAAGUUAUUUAGUUGGUGAAACUUUGCCACUUUGGCAACAAUGAGCUCUAACACAACAAAUCAGCACUCUAACAAGUUAUAAACAAAAGAUAUGUGCAUCAAGCUGUAAUGGUUGGCCUUUUUGUCCAAUACUUAAAAUAAAGAAAUGAUUGGAUGAAGCUCAUAAGUCAUAUGUAUAAGCGCCAAGCUCACCUCAAAAACGAUUUUGUUUAUGUUACAUGAUGCUGGAAUUUUAAUUGGAUUAUGCCUUUAUUUAAUAUAUUUUUAAA